GCGCUACACCCGGCGGCGACCCGGCCGCCAUCAUGGGCAUCCAGGGCCUGACGGGCUUCGUGGAGGAGCGCGGGGCGUUCUUUACCGAGCUGCGGGUGCGGGACACCAAGCUGGUCAUCGACGGGAGCAGCCUCUACCACCGCCUGUGCUUCGCCUCCGCCGUCGAUUUCCGCCGCGGCGGCGAUUACGGCGCCUUCGCGGCGACCGUGCGGGAUUUUUUCGCCAGCCUGCGGGCCUGCCGCGUCGCCCCCUUCGUGGUGCUGGACGGCGGGCGCGGCCCCGAGGACAGGAAGCUGCCGACGCUGCGUGGCCGCGCCGCCGAGCGGCUGCGGGCGGCGCAGGGGCUCUCCCGCGGGGAGGGCGGCUGCCUGGUGCCGCUGCUGACCCGCGAGGCCUUCCUGCAGGCGCUGGGCCGCCUCGGCGUGCCCUUCGUGCAGUGCCUCGCCGAGGCCGACCGGGAGAUCGCCGGCCUGGCCAACCGCUGGGGCUGCCCCGUCCUCUCCCUCGACAGCGACUUCUGCGUCUUCGACCUGGCGGGCGGCUACUGCCCGCUGAGCCACUUCCAGUGGCAGAGCCUGGCCGCGGGAGAGGGGCCGCGGGGCUGCUACGUCCCCGCUCGCUGCUUCGCCGUGGAGAAGUUCUGCAGGCACUUCGGUCACCUGAACAAAAGCCUGCUCCCGCUCUUCGCCGUCCUGAACGGGAACGACUACGUUGAGGCGGCAGCUCUGGAGGUGUUCUUCUGCAAGGCGGCGAGGCGGGGGAGGCACGGCCGGCUGCAGGGGCUCCUGACGUGGCUGGCGCAGUUCGCCGAGCCCGGCGAGGCUCUCGACAACGUGCUGAAAUACCUUAAGAAACACCAGAGGGAAGAAAUGAGGGAGCUUCUCUGCACCGCAAUGGAGGAUUAUAUUCCGUCCGACGUGAAUCUGGAGGACUUUUUUCAGAAGGGAAGGUACGAGUGUGAGGCAGCCAGGGCACUGGGCUUGCCGCGGUGGGUGCUUGAUGCUUUGGCAAGAGGUAAGCUGGCCCCAUUCCUCAGCGAUGCCCUGGUACUGAGAAGUACCUUCCUCCACGUUCAGGUGGAGAACAUGCAGAGACCUAGCGCACACAGCCCAGCCUUGCCCAUCCGGCAAGUUAUCUACGGACUGCUUCUGAAAGUGUCCCACAGUACCGAAGCUGCUUCUCCAAGUAAGCAGACCAACGAGCUGCCAGUUGUAUGUGAAUUUGACAGACUCCAAAAGACACUUAAAAAAACAUUUGUUCAAGGAGCGAGCCUACCCACAGAUUUUUGUGAUGAUCAUUUUUCUUUGGACAAGUUAACGGAGGUACCCAUGUCGUGCCGUCUGAUGCUUUUGAUGGAGACUCUAGGAGUGAAAAUGAGUUUCCUAGAAUCUAUCCCUAGUCACUUACAACUCCCUGUUGCUGUAACGUGUUACUGGAUACAUUGUUCAGAACCAAAAGUCAAGUUGCAUCAGUUAAAGGCUUUACUUCUAACAAUAGUAUCUGGAGAACUGCACAGCAUAACAAAUGAUUCAGAUCCCACACCUGUCCCUGCCGAAGAUAACAGUAUUGCAUAUAACAACUUUCUAAAAUGGAAGGAAAAGAAAUUGCAAAAUGAAGACUUUGACUUGGAUGCUGCACACAGUUUUUGCCAGUGGCAGUGCUGUCUUCAGAUGGGAUUGUAUCUCAACCAGCUACUUGGCACUCCUCUCUCUGAGCCAGACCUAAGUAGGCUUUAUAAUGGGACCCUUGUCCACAGACUGUAUCAAGAGCUUAAAUCAACACCUUCAGUGGAAAAUUUGUUUAGUUCAUCUCCAAAAAUGACUCUGCUUUAUCAGGUCUUGUUAAAUACAGUGGAGUCAACUGUAUCCCCAGACUUUUUUCAGAAGAUGAGCAAGACCAAAUCUGAGUCCUGCAAAAAGAAGAAAGCAUCUAAUAAGAAAAAAAAGGCCAUCAGGUCUGCUAUACCAGAAACUCGACACUUAUGUGACGUUAAUAGGUUUGCAUCACUUGGAAUGGAUGACUGAAAGAAUUAUUCCCGAAGUAACUUUUAAUGCCAUGCAGAUGGAAUAAAUUGUAUUAAAAUAUGCGACUAUUGGAAUUUGCUCAGCUAUUUUCAUACAAGUUCCUGAUCCAAUGUUUACCAACAAUUCUUGCUUCAGGGAUUUUUAUUUACUUUUUUGUAACUAACACUUAUAAAAGAGGUGCUGUAUAAAA